GGAUCUUCCUUUAAGAUCAUUUUCCACAUGAAAAGAAUGAAAGUGUGAUGAAGAUAUAACAGGCCAUGAAGAUGCUCCUGGUCUGUUGCUUAGGACAUAGAAUGAUAUAACCGUUGGUCUUGCCGCUGACUUUCAUUGCAUAUAUUUGUCUCCACAUUUCCCACUGAUGUUUCCAAAGUUAAAGAUCAACGAAUGUUCCAUCCCCUUAGCUAUUCGUAGGUUUAACAAGAUAAUUUUAGAUGGUUGCUUUCGUCUCUAAUAUACUUGACAAAGAUCCCCAUCUUAUUCUGCAACAAAAAAAUAAUCCUGAUCUUGUCUUGUAUAACCAUAAAUGGUUUAACCAACCCUGUAUGACAAAGUCCAAUGAGAUAUGGAGUUUAACAUUUCUCAAGUAUGGCGAUAUUCUCUGAUGUUGAUGUUGUUAGUCGGGAAGUCCACUUUUGCAGAUGGCUAUGAUCCCUUGGAUCCAAACGGAAAUAUUGCGAUUACCUUUGACAUAACACAAUAUACAGAUGAUGGCUAUGUGGCAAGGGUGACAAUCCAAAACUUCUAUCAAUAUCGCCUUGUAGGCAAGCCUGGGUGGAGGAUAGGGUGGACAUGGGCAAACAAUGAGGUUAUCUGGUCAAUGUCUGGUGCUUUUGCUACCAAACAAGGGAACUGCACAGCCUUCAAAUAUCAACAACCGCAUUGUUGCAUGAAAACCCCACACAUUGCUGAUCUUAUGCCCGGGGCUUUGCCACAGAACAUGUCAGAUGGCUGUUGUCAUGGUGGUGUUUUAGCUGCCUCAGCUAUCAACCCUCGUGAGUCAUAUUCAUCGUUUGAGAUCAAAGUUGGAAACUUGGGUAGAAAUAGUUCUGAGAGCAAACCUUUGAAUCUCACAUUAUUAGCACCAGGACCGGGAUACACUUGUGGCGCUAUUGAAGACACAGACCCCACAAAAUCCUCUGUGAUUGGAGGAAGGAGAGAAGAACAGGUUUUCAGAACAUGGAAAUCAACAUGUACAUACUCCAGUUACAUAGCUAACCAAAAGCCAGUAUGUUGUGCUUCACUGUCAACGUUUUACAGUGCUACGAUUAGUUCAUGCCCAAACUGUACAUGUGCAUGCAGAGAACCUGGACAGAACACAACAAAAUGCAUAAGAGACGACAAAAGCUUAUGGCAACCAAGUUCCUUAUCCAGUCCACACAUAGUGCGAUGCACUAAUCAUAUGUGCCCAGUUCGAGUUCACUGGCAUGUUAAGAACAACUACAGGGAUUACUGGAGGGUGAAACUGACCAUCUCUAACUAUGACUACAACAAAAGUUUAUCAAACUGGAAUGUGUUGAUUCAGCAUCCUGGCUUCAGUAAACCUGCAUUGACUUAUAGCUUUAAUAGUACACUUCUUUCAUCUGCUGGAGUUCCAGACGAUGUUGCAUUGUUCUGGGGGCUAGAAAACUACAACAGCGAUGUACUUACUGCUGAUGAUACACAAGUUGGUUCCGUGACAACAGACAUAAUUCUGGAGAAGGACUUAAAAAUAUUUACACUUGAUAAUGGAUGGGCAUUACCAAGAAAAGUAUAUAUCAAUGGUGAGAACUGUGAAAUGGCUCUUCCAGACACGUUCCCCGGGCUUCCAAGUGGUAGCUCCAAACAAGAAGCUACUGGUGCACACUUCAUGCUUCUGUUUUUGCUUGUGCUUCAUUUAACUUUGAAUUUAAAACAUGUUUCCUCUUAAUUAUCAGCUGGUUUAAGCCAUUCAUGUAGUAGAUUGAUUUUGUUGUACAUCCAAUUCCCAGGCACUUGAUAGUCAUUGUUAAGUGGUCAUUUAUUAAAUCAAAUUUCGGUUCCAAUCGUUCACCAGUGUAUAAAAUGUAUCUUCUUUUUUUUA